CUGAAACGUAGCCUUAUCGUCAACGUCCAGAGAGCUUCAUGCUUCCACGAUAAGCACCUCAGUCGCGACCGCGCUCUGCAUCCCACUUUCACCCGACUUAGUAUGCAUCUUUGACCAGGUACCAGAGACAGUUCGACGCAGAACUCACCUAUGGUCAUCAGUGGCCGCAGCUAUGGCGCUUGAGCCGGGAUCCGGCGCACUGGGGGGGUCGCCCGAGAGCUCAGGGCGCAACUCUCCCAUCCCAAGACAGUGGAGGAAUCAGCUUGGCGGAGAAGAACUCCAAAUCAAGGAUAAGGCGUAUCGUCGGUACGCAUCGGGAGUCGAAAAAGCAUUAUUGCUCUUCGAAACGGCUUUGGAAGAAUGGGCCGACUACAUAUCGUUCCUGAAUAAGCUACUCAAGGCACUGCAAACCCGGCCCUCCUCGAUAACGGCGAUACCGCACAAGGCGACGGUCGCAAAACGGCUCUCUCAAUGUCUCAAUCCUUCUCUGCCUUCGGGUGUCCACCAGAAGGCCCUCGAGGUGUACAACUACAUUUUCACGACAAUCGGAAAGGAUGGCCUCUCCUGCGACAUUCCCCUGUAUCUGCCAGGGCUUGCACCAACGCUCUCCUUCGCUUCACUAUCCGUUCGAUCGCCGUUCCUCGACCUGCUUGAGUCCUACUUUCUCCAAAUCGACCCACGAUCCCUUCGACCGGCAAUGAAGUCCAUAAUUCUAGCGCUGCUGCCCGGACUGGAGGACGAAACGAGCGAAGACUUCGACCGGACUUUGGCUCUUGUCGCCAGCUUCAAGAAGGCACUCCGCCCCGAAGACAGCGAGUUACUCUCAGCCCAUCACUCCUCUAGCGAUGAGUUUUUCUGGCAGUGCUUCUUUCUCGCUUCGAUUACGAGUCACAGUCGCCGUGGGGGCGCUCUAGCGUAUCUCGUGCGGUUUUUACCUGCUUUGGGUCGGUCCCCGGCCGCACAAGACAGCGAUACCACCUCGCCAACGCUGAUGCAUGACGAAAACCCGAAGAUUUCUGCCCUGGUGACAACACCUGAACCCGGACUUCUUGUCCGCUGCUUUGCCAGUGGCUUGGCCGACGAUCAGCUGCUAAUUCAACGAGGGUUCCUGGAUCUACUUGUGUCUCACCUACCACUCAAUUCUACGGUGUUGCAGUCGCGCGUGAAGCCAGCCGACCUAGAACUUCUUGUAAAAGCAGCGGUUGGUGUGGUGACGAGACGCGACAUGAGCUUGAACCGCCGCCUCUGGACAUGGCUUCUGGGCCCGGAGCCUGUCAGCGGCGACGGAGAUGCCACGGGCUACUUGUCGACGGCGCCAUCCGAUCAACAACAGUCAUUUCUGUCAUCAAGAACGACCUAUUUCGAAGAUUUUGGGCUGCAGCCGCUGACAAAGGCUCUACUUGACAUGAUCAAGAGUUCAAUACGCGGCAAUGCGAUAGAGAGGGCCCGGCCUUAUAGAAUCUGCUUGUCUCUUAUGGAUCGAUGGGAAAUAGGAGGUCUCAUUGUCCCCGAGGUCUUUUUGCCUGUCAUUGAGAGUGUUCGGCAAUUUCAGGACCACUCCCCGUCAAGAUCUGAGUUUUCGGAAGUACUUCGAAGCGCCAGUGUCUUUUUUGACGGUAUUGAAAGUGGCUUGAUCUACAGUGAACUCGUCAGCUUGCUAGCCCAAGCGAUUGGACCAGGGAGCCUCACCUCGGUUGAGCGGCGGGACAAGGUGUCUCUGGUCAACUUCAUCAUCACUAACUUCAAUGUGAGGGAAGAGGAGAUGAUCACCAUCCAUGCGCCCCUAACUUGCGUCGCAGCCCUUGCCAUGUUGGAAGACUCAAGAGCGCGCAAAACGAAAAUUGGGCUCGCGGACGGCGAGCUGGAACAGCUGUCUCAAGAAGUUCUGGGCGUCGUCGCCUCUUUGCUGGAGCUGGUGCCCGAGCGGGCUUUCCCGGACGUUUCGGACCUUGCAGCAGGCGAUAGGCGAAAUGAGCAAUAUGCACACCUGCUAUCGAACACGGAAAUUCUAAAGAAAAUCCAGGCGUUCUAUGUCCAUGGUCAGGGAAAUCUCGAGGGCGCGGCAAUUCCGUUCAAUACUGUCGAGUCGGGAGAAGUGCUGCUUCACAAAGCUGCAAGUUUCAUUUGCAACGAAGCCACCGAGCAUGACUCGAUGUCGGAUCUGGGCAUACGAGUCCGAAUACUCAUCUUGAUUCUACUCAAGACACCGACAAGCUACACGUUCGGCGCCGCCGACCUCCUAUCUCACCUGAAAGGGAAACUUGUGCAAGGCGCAGCACUACAUUUUUCCUACUUUUCUUCAGUCGUUCAACUGGCUACGCAACUGCACUCGACCGAUAGAAUCGCUGCAGAGCAGUUGUCUGCACUAGUGGCGCCAUUGGUUAGCCAUGCUUGGCAUUACCUCUCUGCGUCGGAUCCCAAAUACCACGUCGAGACUGUUCGCUGUCUGUGGCAAUUACAGACGUCGUUGACGUUAUCUGCCCGUGAUAUUGAGGCAUCCCUUUCAGCGAUACUGGUCGACCGUUUACUCCUUGUUCAACAAACAACCAGCAGCGCCGCAGAGGCCGCACGAACAUUUGGUGUUCUCUGGUCCCACACGCUUCAGGACUCAGCAUCUGAUCGACGUGGCUCACGUACACAGUUACAGGAUUGCCGCACGAUUUCCCGCCUUGCCGGCAUGGAUCAUUAUCAGGUCAUGUUGGCGCAGCCUUUGUUUCUCGUUCUGGAUGCCUUGAUCGACGAGAGAACGCAGCUGUACAUGGUCGUUAAGUCAUGGCUAAAUACCAUGAUUGGCAUAGACAGGCUAUUCCUGCUGUUCGUCACCAAAAUCUCCGAAUUGUCGUUCGUAGCAUCCAUCAACGGCCACGAGGGUGGCGAGAAGGCCGCCACUGACAACGUUGUGUUCAACGAGAACGACGACAUCGAACUAUGCCUCUAUUAUCUCCGAUCGCUGCAACACGUUUUGCGAUGUACUGGUGAGAUGACUCGGGCCGUUCUCGCCUCAAAGUAUCUGUAUUUUGGCGAUGGCGAGGUUCACAUACGAGCUGGCGCGGAGGACAACGAGAUAACACUCCAAGAAUUCCUUGUCCGCGUCUGUCUCCAAUGUGUUACAGCGGACGUUGCGGACCGUUCCAAUGUCGAGCUGGUGGAACGCGUGUCCCAACUCCACCGCUACGCUCUGACUAUUCUUCACGAGUUCCUAUCAAGUCGAUAUGCCGCCCCUUUGACCAGUCUCCAUCUCGACGGCAUCCUCGUUGGUAGGCUGUCGAAGUCUAUAGACGAAUCGGACCCAUAUGUCCAAGUCUUGCUUCUUGACGUUAUUUACGACGUUCUCAAAAUUCACGACAUGGCCCCAGUGGAGAUAUCAACUUCCCCGACGUUGGAAAAGUCGCCCCCAAGUUUUGAUCGAUCACGCCCAAGUCGGCAGUCUAUCUCUAUGAGCGAGAGCCGACCUAUCGCGCCGCCAAUGCCACCUCAAUUACUGAAAUGCUUACAAGCUGGGCUCAGUGCGGCGAGUAGCCACGCAGUUCUGGAUAGCUGGGUGGCAUUCUUGUCUGAUUGUCUACCGCUAUACUCUCAAUCUAUCUUCCAGGUCCUCAUCCCGCUGGUUGAGACGCUUUGCCGACAGGUCGGGCAAGUUUUUACCAGCCUACGAAAUACGUUCAAGGCCGAGCAACAACGACAAAGCCCAAAUGAGAGCGCUCCAGAAGCAACCUUGAUUUACUUGCUGAAUGGGCUAGAACAAGUUUUAGCCCUCGCUCACGACCAGCUGCUUGCCGCAGAAUCUCGAGCGCAAACUGUCAAGGGACCAGAACAGCCGCAGUCCCUCUUUGGCAGCAUGGUCUCUGGUGUUUUUCAGUCUGAUGGCCCUCAGGCCAGAAGUGCGACCGCAAACGAUCGUCUGACAGUACAUCUCGCUUUCCAAGACGCAAUGAGGAUAUGCUUCAGGAUCUGGUCAUGGGGCGAAGGUGAGGAAGCCAAAACCCAGGAUCAGGUCUCAGCAGCAUCAUUUACGUAUACCUCUUUGCGCAUGAGGAACCGAGCAAGACGUUUACUCGAGCACUUAUUCAGCGCAGAGACGUUGGAGUGCUUGGAGACAGUCAUCGACAUAUGGACGUCAACGGAAUCGCCGGGCGAGCGGGCCUUGGUUUUCAACUUCAUGUCAGCCUUGGACGCUUGCCGGCCGAGACAUUCUAUCCCGGCGCUCUUCAAUUCAAUAUACAGCCGAACCAAUCCAGGAGCUCUAGAGCCUUCGCGCAAGUCCACCAUGACCAUCUCAUUGCAAGAUUCGGACAUCGUCGCCUUUCUUGUCGAGUACGCUCGUUCGCUCGACGACGAUGCCAUGGACGAGAUUUGGCAGGAUUGCAUGACUUUCCUGAAGGACCUGCUCGGAAAUCCUUUCCCUCAUCGCCUGACACUGCCCGGUUUGCUCGAGUUUGCGGCGAUCUUGGGUGAGAAGGUGGAUAAUACGACCUUUGGAGAGCAGCGACGGAUGCGUCGGGAGCUGGGAGACCUAUUCCUCCGGCUCCUCGCCGCGCUCUUCACCACACGCCCUAUUACCUUCUCCGAACCAACGCAUUCUAAUGGCACGCCAGAUAAAGCUGUACGGGAUGGGAGCUACAAGCGAACCACACUUGGCGACGGCCCUGAGGACGUAGUGGCAGUUCUCGCCUCUGUCGCGCCAAAGCUGCCGAAGAUCUUGGUGGAGAACGACCGGGUGCUUGCUGCGGCAAGUACGAUAUCUACGAACGUUAUAGGGCCGACAUUACGUUCCAAAUCGUUUCCAGACACGGUCUCUCCAAGCACUAUGACGCUGCUACGCGAGCUGUCUCGGCUGCACAACAAUAAAAAGGCUUGGAAGAAGGACGUGGGCGAUGCUUUCAACGAUCCUCGCUUCUUCGGCAUGAGGCUCGAGCUGGCCACCGACGACUGGCUUCCUUUGCUCAGGCAAUGGAUACUCACGGAUAAGGAGAAGAUGCUUGAGAUUACCAACCGCAUCAACGCACCAACGACCGCGGGUAUAGUGUUUGGCGUAGGGGCCACAUCUGCGAGACUUGAAGCUGACCGCAAAACUCAACUUAACUUGCGGAGGAUCGCCACGCUGAUCCUUGCCUCCGCUGACGACACAUUUGUUACUGAUCUUGGAGCGAUCCUGGACAAGCUGGUCGAGCUGAUGGUCGCUACAGCAACGUCGUCGCCUUCUUCAACGACUAGAGCUGACGUCUUCCUGGUCGUUCGCGCACUGGUCCUGAAAACCAGCCCUGUUCACCUCGCCCUCCUUUGGCCAGUCGUAAACGCCGAAAUCCACGCGGCUAUUUCAUCAGUGGUCGCCCCUGACCAUAGCACCGCAUCGGACAUAUAUGUCAACACUGCCAUCUUCCAAGCAUGCAAGCUUCUGGAUCUGCUCAUUUGCGUGGCGCCCGAUGACUUUCAGCUGCACGAAUGGUUAUUUGUCACUGAUACUAUUGAUGCCGUCUAUCCACCAUCAACAUACCAGCCAAUUGCUCUCGCAGACGAGCUGUCCGAUGAGUUGGGGAGUUCUGUGGCCCAAGGCUCCGCGCAGACGGACACAGCAGCACACUUGGCCGCUAGCAGUGCCUACAGGCGGCCGCUCCUAAUUCCAGGAGGGUUGGGAGACCAAGUCAGCUUCGAGCGCAGAGAUGAUCUCAUCGCGAAGGUUCUGAGACCCUUCUUCGGCCAACUGAGCAUCUUUGCGUUUGAGAGCACGUAUGCUAUGGUCGCAGUAGACUUGGCAGGCUGUGUUCAAGAUCUUUUGAGGGACAUUUUUGAUGAGCGAACAAUGGUUAGAGCCCUGUAAGAGUAUGAAGACAGAUGGGACGCUGCCCUGACAGGCGCGAGAUGCCAGAAUCAUGGAGAUAGAGAGAGACAAGGUGUUUGGGUUCGUUUCCAAACGGCAGUUUCCUCACAAUGUCGGGCGUAUAAUUGAAGACUCAAAGUUGCCUCCCUCCGUUGCUUCGAGUUUUGAUAUCGAG